AUGAAAGAAAGAUCAUCACCAAUGGAUUACCAUGGAAAAGGAGGAGGUGUUGAUUCAAUGGUUACCAUUUAUAUGAUGUUAUUCAUUCUUUUAGGCAUUAUUGUCAACAACAAGUACAAGAAUAUUAUUAAACAACCAUUUAAACAAAAUAUUCAUCAUUUUAUCAAACAACAAAUAUUAAAACAUCAUUUAAUUAAUAAUAGCCAUAAUAAUAAUAAUAUUAUUGAUCCAAUCAUCAUUGCAAAAUUAAAAAAAGAGAAUAAUUAUUACAACAAGGAAGAAUUUAACAAGGAUAGAUACAACUAUUGUAACAAUUAUUACUAUUCAAAUAUACAAAUAUUUAUACUUGAUAGUAUUUUACCCGACAUGAAUAAUAUUAGAAAUACUACCUCUUCCUCAUCAUCAUCAUCCAUUUCACUUAGUUCAUCAUCCACUUCAAUUAAUAAUCAAACUCCAAAUCAUACUUUAAAUUCUAGUAUUAAUAAUAAUCAACAACCUCAACAGGGUAUUAGUGGAGGACCAUACUCUAGUUUUCUAAGAGUAUUUUCUUCAUUGUCAAAAAAAUCAAAUUCACUCUUGUCAUUACCAACUCCUUCUUCUUCUACAUCAACUUUACAUACUGAUAAUACAAUUAUAACUCAGCCAACAAAAAUGAUUAAAUUAAAUAAUAAUAACAAUAAUAAUAAUAUUAAUAAUAAUAAUAAUAAUAAUAAUUUAAUUCCAUCUUCGAUUCCAACAUCGAUAAUGAUAGAUUCACAACAACAAAUAGAACCACAAGCAUUACAUAAUUAUUUUCAACAAGAUCAUCAACAACAAUUUAUAUUUGAUAUUUUCUCCAUUCCAACCGAAAUGUUGGUACAUUUACUUUCCUUUUUCCCAGCCCGUGAUCUUUGGAAGAUGAGUCUUGCCUGCAAGAGAAUGUGGCACAUUGUCGAAGUUUUCAAAUUCUGGGGCAACUUGUUUGAACGUACUUGUCCAAGAAUAUUUUAUGCCAUGCAAUACAAUUCUCGUUGGACUGCUAAUCCUCCUCAAAUUAAAAUGAUCCUUUGUUUAAUGGAAGAUCUUCCAGAGGAAUUUUGGAGACCACAUGAUGGAAAUGAUGAAAAUGGACAAAUUAAAAAGAUAAUUGGUAUAAUGAAAGUAAAUCCACAUAGUUCAUUGAUUCAAAGAGAAUGUUGUUAUAUAUUGAAACGAUUAUCAUAUAGACAAAGAAAAGAGGAUGAGCACGAAGCUCUUAUUGCAAGAUACGAUGGAAUCAAAUUGAUUCUCAAUGCAAUGAAAAAUCAUCCACUUAAUCAUGGUGUUCAAGAAGAUGCUUGUGGUGCACUUGGUAACCUCACAUGUGACAGUCCCAAUAGCUUUGGUGUCUAUUCAAACAAUAAUUACUUGGAAGUGGUUGAAUUGGAUGGCAUCAAAUUGAUCCUACAAGCAAUGAGAAAUCAUGUUCACAAUCCAGGUGUUCAAUACAAUACAAGUUUUGUCUUGAGAAAUCUAGCUCGUAAUGAUCUAUCUGAAAGUCGUGUUGCUCAAGAAGGUGGUAUUCAUGCCAUCGCCACAGCAAUGAGAAAUCAUCCAAAUCAUAUUGGUAUUCAAACUCAAGGUUGUGGUGCUCUUAGAAAUCUUGGUUGUAAUGAUAAAAAUAAAGUUCUAAGUGCAAAAGAAGGAGGAAUUAAUUUAAUAUUAAAUAGUAUGAGAAAUUUUGCUUCUCAUCCAGAUUUACAAUUAAAUGGUUGUGGUGCCCUUAGAAAUUUAGCUAGAAAUGAAAAAAAUAAAGAUUUAAUAACAAAAUUGGGAGGAAUUCAAUUAGUAUUACAAGCAAUGACAAAUCAUUAUCAAGAUCCAGAUGUUCAAGAUGAAGGAUGUGCAGCAUUGAUUAAUUUGGCAUAUCAAGAUGAAACCAAUGAAGAAACCAUUGCAAGAGAAGGUGGUAUUAAAUUAAUACUUCAAGCAAUGAGAAAUCAUCCAUUCCAUGCUGGUGUACAAAUGCAAGGUAGAGGUGCUUUAAAAAAUUUAUCUUGUAAUCCCAAAAAUAAAUUAACAAUUGCAAGAUCAGGAGGAAUUAGUUUAAUGGAAAUUGCUUGUAUAAAUCAUCCAUCAUAUUCAAAUAGAUUUUUAGAAUUAAUGAGAAUACUUCAAAGUGCAUUAGAAGAAGCACCACUUCAUUAA